UAUAUUUGUAUGCCAGAGGAAAUGAGUAUUUCUGUAAAUGGACAAUCUCAAGUCCCACCAGGGUUUAGAUUUCAUCCAACAGAAGAGGAGCUAUUACAAUAUUACUUGAAGAAGAAAGUUGCAAAUGAGAAGAUUGAUUUGGAUGUAAUCCAAGAAGUUGAUCUCAAUAAGCUUGAGCCUUGGGAUAUUCAAGACAAGUGUAAAAUUGGAUCAACUCCACAAAAUGAUUGGUAUUUCUUUAGUCACAAGGACAAAAAGUAUCCAACGGGUACAAGGACAAAUAGAGCAACAGCUGCUGGAUUUUGGAAAGCUACGGGGCGUGACAAAGUCAUAUAUUCAAAUUCUCGUAGGAUUGGUAUGAGGAAGACAUUGGUUUUCUACAAAGGUAGAGCACCUCAUGGCCAAAAAUCUGAUUGGAUCAUGCAUGAGUAUAGAUUCGAUGAUCAUAUUACUACUAUUGCCUCCACACAAGAAGAAGGUUGGGUUAUUUGUCGUAUAUUCAAGAAGAAAAAUCAUGUCAAAUCAUUCGAGACAACAAGUCAGUCAAUUUCAAAUACCAAACUUUAUCCUAAUGAUGAAGGACCCUUAGAACAACUACUCCAUUACAUGAGAUCAAGCACAUGCAAGGAAGAAAACCAUGUCAUGAUGAAUAAUUAUCAUGACACUAAUUUACAUGACAAAUUCAUGCAACUUCCAAACCUAGAUACCCCAAGUGGACAUUCAAAUUCAUGUGAAGGGGGAUUGAAUAAUUGGAUUGCCGUUGAUCGUCUUGUAGCUUCACAUCUUAAUGGUCAAACAAUUAAUGAUUAUGACCACCAAUACAAUACUAAUAUUUUGGGAGCUGCCACUUCUAAUCAUGAUUAUCAACAAGAUCAAUGUGAUCUUUGGAGUUUUGCAACAGUUUCAUCAACCAAUGACUCGUUAUGCCACGUGUCUAAUGGAAUGAUUUGA